AAGCGUUCGGCGCCUCCCGCAGGCCCCGAGGCUCGGCUCCGGGGCGAGGGUGGUGGUUCCCUCCCUCGGGCAUCGCCAUCCUCAGCAGCCGCCUGAGCCGGGGAUGAAAUGCCCUGCCCCGCCGGGCAGGCGGAGCCCUCGGCCCCGUCCCUGCAGAGCCGUCCGUGGCGGCGGGCGGGGCGGCAGGCAGUGCGUGGGGCCGAAGGUGGGCAGAGCCGGGGCGGAAGGCAGAGCCGGGAUGGAAGGCAGCCCGCCGGUGGCAGAAUGAAUGAAAUUAACUUGAGUCCUGUAGGGAUGGACCAGCUGACUUCCUCCUCUGUGAGCAAUGCCCUGCCAGUCUCAGGAGGUCACUUGGGCUUGGCAGCAUCACCCACUCACAACGCCAUACCAGCACCAGGCCUGCCUGUUGCAAUUCCAAACCUGGGCCCCUCCUUGAGUUCCUUGCCCUCUGCUCUGUCUCUGAUGCUCCCAAUGGGUAUUGGGGAUCGAGGAGUGAUGUGUGGUAUACCAGAGAGAAACUACACCCUACCUCCACCACCAUACCCUCACCUGGAGAGCAGCUAUUUCAGACACAUUCUACCUGGUAUCUUAUCUUACUUGGCUGACAGACCACCACCUCAGUACAUCCAUCCCAACACUAUAAAUGUUGACAGCAAUCCAGCAUUGUCAGUCUCCAGCAAUCCCUCAGCCCUGGAUCCCUACCAGCCCAGUGGGACCGUGGGGCUGGAACCAGGGAUUGUCUCCAUGGACUCCCGCACGGUGAACACACACGGUCCUCAAAAUCUGCAUCCUAGUGACAGCCACGAGGUAGCACUGGAUACUACAAUCACCAUGGAAAGCGUUUCCAGGGUAACCAGCCCCAUCUCUACAGAUGGGAUGGCAGAGGAGCUUACAAUGGAUGAUGUAGCCGGGGAUCACACGCAGAUCCCGAAUGGCUCCCGGAGCCACGAACCUUUAGCCGUGGACACAGUGGGGAGUAACUUGCCAUCAGACGCUGUGGGGCACGGCGGUGUCAUUCCCAUUCACGGUAGCACUUUGGAACUCCCUGUUGUCAUGGAGCCUGACCACAUUGCCGGGCGGGUGACAGGGAUAUCGGACAGCACACUAAAUGACCCCAUUCAUACUGUGGCCAUGAGCACCAACUCCGUGAGUGUGGCGCUCCCUACCUCACACAACCUCGCUUCCCUGGACUCAGUAGCCUUGCAUGAAGUGGGCCUCAGCCUGGAGCCCGUGGCAGUGUCUUCCAUAAGUCAGGAAGUAGCCAUGGGGCCAAGCCAUGUCGAUGUGUCUGCAGACAAUCUUGCCUUUGUACCAUCAUCUCUACAAAUGGAAGACUCUAAUUCCAACAAAGAGAACAUGGCAACUUUGUUUACCAUAUGGUGCACGCUGUGUGACAAGGCGUAUCCAUCGGACUGCCCGGACCAUGGGCCUGUCACCUUUGUCCCCGACAGCCCGAUCGAGAGCCGAGCCAGGCUGUCCCUCCCGAAGCAGCUGCUCCUCCGCCAGUCUCUCAUGGGAGCUGAAGCGGGUGUGUGGACACGAGAAACCAUUCCUGUGAGGACUUGUUUCGGACCUUUGAUCGGGCAGCAGAGCCAUUCUCUGGAGGUGGCUGACUGGACAGACAAAGCAGCCAGUCACAUCUGGAAGAUCUAUCACAACGGUGUCCUGGAGUUCUGUGUUGUCACAACUGAUGAAAAUGAAUGCAACUGGAUGAUGUUCGUACGCAAAGCCAGGAACCGGGAAGAGCAGAAUCUGGUAGCUUAUCCUCAUGAUGGAAAAAUUUACUUCUGCACCUCUCGGGACAUCCCCCCUGAACACGAGCUUCUCUUCUAUUACAGUCGGGACUAUGCACGACAGCUUGGUGUCCCUGAGCAUCCAGAUGUGCACAUCUGCCACUGUGGGAAGGAAUGCGCUUCCUAUGCGGACUUCAAGGCCCAUUUGAGCAGCCAUAUUCACAACCACCUCCCCAGUCAGGGGCACAGCAGCAACCACGGGCCAGGCCACGGCAAGGAGAGGAAGUGGAAGUGCUCCAUGUGCCCCCAGGCUUUCAUCUCCCCUUCCAAGCUGCACGUGCACUUCAUGGGGCACAUGGGCAUGAAGCCGCACAAGUGCGAUUUCUGUAGCAAAGCUUUCAGCGAUCCAAGCAACUUACGGACACACCUCAAGAUCCACACAGGUCAGAAGAAUUAUCGCUGCACCCUCUGUGACAAAUCGUUCACGCAGAAGGCGCACCUGGAGUCGCACAUGGUCAUUCACACCGGGGAGAAGAACCUCAAGUGCGAUUACUGCGAGAAGCUCUUCAUGCGCAGGCAGGACCUCAAGCAGCAUGUCCUCACUCACACACAAGAAAGGCAGAUCAAGUGCCCCAAGUGUGACAAGCUGUUUCUGAGGACUAAUCACCUGAAGAAGCAUCUCAAUUCACAUGAAGGAAAGAGGGACUAUGUCUGUGAAAAAUGCUCCAAGGCUUAUCUAACCAAAUAUCACCUCACUCGACACUUAAAAAUAUGUAAAGGCCCCACAUCCAGUCUGUCAGCCCCAGAGGAGGAAGAGGAGGAGGAUUCAGAGGAGGAAUUAAUAGACUCUAUGAGGACUGAAGACUGUAGGAUUAACAAUGGAGUCUAUUCAACAGGUGAUGUUCUCGCUGGACACAAAUGAAGGAGAGGGAAACUUUCUUGGAUAUUAUAAGUAGGGAAGGAAAAAAAAACCCUCUUCCUUGUUUCCCCAGUCACCAGUGUAUGUCAGGUGAGGAAUUUUCCUUCUGUUUUUGUCUCCACACUACCACCACUUACUAUAAUCUGUAGCCAGAACACUGAACAAGACUGGAUCAUGCACGUACAAGCGAAGAGUUGCUAAGAAGGAAAUGUGAGGCAAGAUUUCUUCCACACACGCUGUGCAUACUUCUCCAAAUCACUCAGAUUAAUCCAUCCAGUUCCAGGACACAUGACACACCUCACAUAGCCCUUCGAGCAAAGAGCCAUGAGCCAGAAAUGUAACUGAGGGGUUGCAGUGACCUGUAAGCCAACUGUCCUUAACUGCCCAAGGUGUGACAUGAAGAGAAACAAGGAAAAAAUGGUGGUGGAACUUUUUAACUGAAGGAUGUGGUUUGGCAUAAGGCAAAGACUUCUCAGUGCUCAGGUUUCCUUC